UUUGGUGCUCUGGUUGUCAGAUAUUGGAAGGCAGUAGGACAGAACAUACUCUCCGUGGUUUUAUAUCCGUUCUGGGGUGCAGUGAUUAACGUUGAACUUUGGUUCCUGUAACUCUUGUGUGUGUCGAUAGAGUUAAGCUGGAGCUUUGCUUUGAAGGAUAAAUAAAGCACAGCCUCUCAACUGGACAUAAAUGGAUCUAAAGACAGCAGUAUUUAACGCAGCUCGGGAUGGCAAACUCCGGCUUCUCACCAAGUUGUUGGCAAGCAAAUCCAAAGAGGAGGUUUCCUCCUUGAUCUCUGAAAAAACAAAUGGGGCCACGCCACUCUUGAUGGCUGCCAGGUACGGGCACCUUGACAUGGUGGAAUUCCUCCUUGAGCAGUGCAGUGCCUCCAUAGAAGUAGGAGGCUCCGUCAAUUUUGAUGGUGAAACCAUUGAGGGGGCUCCCCCUUUAUGGGCUGCUUCUGCAGCAGGACAUCUGAAGGUGGUCCAGUCUUUGUUAAAUCAUGGAGCGUCUGUCAACAACACGACUUUAACCAAUUCAACUCCUCUUCGAGCUGCAUGUUUUGAUGGCCAUUUGGAAAUAGUGAAGUACCUUGUAGAACACAAAGCUGAUUUGGAAGUGUCAAAUCGACAUGGACAUACAUGCUUGAUGAUUUCAUGCUACAAAGGGCAUAAAGAGAUUGCUCAGUAUUUACUUGAAAAAGGGGCAGAUGUUAACAGAAAAAGUGUUAAAGGUAAUACUGCAUUGCAUGAUUGUGCAGAAUCUGGAAGUCUGGACAUCAUGAAGAUGCUUCUCAUGUAUUGUGCUAAGAUGGAAAAGGAUGGUUAUGGAAUGACUCCCCUUCUCUCAGCAAGUGUGACUGGUCACACAAAUAUUGUGGAUUUUCUGACACACCAUGCACAGACCAGCAAGACAGAACGUAUCAAUGCUUUAGAGCUCCUGGGAGCUACAUUUGUAGACAAAAAAAGAGAUCUACUUGGGGCUUUGAAAUACUGGAAAAAGGCAAUGAACAUGAGGUACAGUGAUAGGACUAAUAUAAUUAGUAAACCAGUACCACAGACACUAAUAAUGGCUUAUGAUUAUGCCAAGGAGGUAAACAGUGCAGAAGAGCUAGAAGGUCUUAUUGCUGAUCCUGAUGAGAUGAGAAUGCAGGCACUAUUAAUUAGAGAACGUAUUCUUGGUCCUUCUCAUCCUGAUACCUCUUACUAUAUUAGAUAUAGAGGCGCUGUCUAUGCAGACUCUGGAAAUUUCAAACGAUGCAUCAACCUGUGGAAGUAUGCUUUGGAUAUGCAGCAGAACAAUUUGGACCCUUUAAGUCCAAUGACCGCCAGCAGCUUAUUAUCUUUUGCAGAACUAUUCUCCUUUAUGCUACAGGAUAGGGCUAAGGGCCUUCUGGGUACUACUGUUACGUUUGAUGAUCUUAUGGGCAUACUGUGCAAAAGUGUCCUCGAAAUAGAGCGAGCUAUCAAACAAACUCAGUGUCCAGCUGACCCAUUACAGUUAAAUAAGGCUCUUUCCAUCAUUUUGCACUUGAUUUGCUUGUUAGAAAAAGUUCCUUGUACACUAGAACAGGACUAUUUCAAAAAGCAGACUAUAUACAGAUUUCUUAAGCUGCAUCCAAGGGGAAAGAAUAACUUCAGCCCUCUUCAUCUGGCUGUGGACAAGAAUACUACAUGUGUAGGGCGGUACCCUGUUUGUAAAUUUCCAUCUCUGCAAGUUACUGCUACACUGAUAGAAUGUGGUGCUGAUGUGAAUGUAAGAGACUCCGAUGACAACAGUCCCCUACAUAUCGCUGCUCUGAACAACCAUCCAGACAUCAUGAAUCUCCUUAUUAAAUCAGGUGCACAUUUCGAUGCCACAAAUUUACACAAACAAACUGCUAGUGACUUGCUGGACGAGAAGGAAAUAGCUAAAAAUUUGAUCCAGCCCAUAAAUCAUACAACAUUGCAGUGUCUUGCUGCUCGUGUCAUAGUGAAUCAUAGAAUAUAUUAUAAAGGGCAUAUCCCAGAAAAGCUAGAGACCUUUGUUUCACUUCAUAGAUGAUAAUUUGACUGUAUUUUAGCACUGUUAAAGCACGAAAUGGUAACAGUUGUUUCAUAAAUGAGCACUGUUGUGAUAACACCAGCAUUCAUUUAGCUUGAUAUCAUCAUGCUCUCAUUGGCUAAAGCAUUAUAAGCAUCAAAUUUACAGGAUUGGUUUCCCAGUAUUUAAUAUAAAUAUACCAUAUAAUAUAUUGUUUGUGAAUUAUUGAGAAAUGUAAUGUCAUAUUCAGAUUUCUAAAAUUGUCUGCCAAAGGCUUAUCCAUUCUGGUUUUGUUUGCUAUUGGGACAGAGUUAACUGUUUUCAGUGGUGUCUUUAUACUUUACUGGUUUGUGAAUUUUAUACAAUUGAAGGCCUUUCUUUCUCACUUCUCUUCCCCAAGCUUCUCGCCUGUUUCCAUUUUAUUUCUUUUUCCUAACCAUUUCUGCUACAGUUUUUUUCCCCUUAUGGACCCCAUGCUAGGUUGUACAAACUUGAUGGACUUGUUACCAUUUGUAGUUACCAUAAGUGCUUUAUCUUCUCUAUGCACCGGCUUAAACUUGACUGUUGUAUGUUAGCAUAUUUUCUAUGCAGCAGCUGGUCAACUUCAACUCAAAACACUGUUAAGUUUGUUACAAAGUUCAUUUUAUGAUAGUAUUCUUGUAGCAUGACAAUUUUCAGAGCUGCAGGUUAGCUAUCUUAGCUCAAGCUUUUUUGUUUUUUUCCCUUCACUUCUGAGGGUUUUUUUCCUCUAAUACACUGAAAUUUUGUGUGCUAAAUUUGGGAAACAAAUCUAUUCUAACUCAUUAACCCAGUUGAAAUUUAGGUCUGUCAUCUUAAUAUAUCAUGCAGUAAAGGGAAGAUUCUAAAGUGACCCACCUUUCAUGCUGCUCCAGCAUUGUCCUGCUUGUGCUGAUGGUGUGAUUAGGUGUAGCAAAUUUGCUUAAACUUAACCUCAAAGUUUAUAACACAGCUUAACAAGUCACAUUAAACUAUUCAGUAAUUGAACUGCAAAUCACUGUUAGUUAUAAAAAGAGCUAAAGCAUGUCAGUGGCAUGAUGCUUGCCAAGCCAGAUCUAGGCAUCUACGAUAAUUAAAGUGUUUUAGUAUGCAAUUUACUGCCAUAGUAUCAAAGGUCAGUAACAGUGUUUUCUUUCUUUCUUCAAGCUUACGUAUACCUUUAAAGAUAACUUGCAUGAAUUACUUUGGUUUCAAUAAUUUGUCACCCUAGUAAUAAAAGGUUGCAAUGCUUCCUAUUCCCUUAUCAAAAGUUAGCCUUUCUUUUUCUUCCUCUCUCUCUGCCUCUCUCUUUCUAUCUCUCUUUUCUUUUUCAUUUUUUAACAGAUUUGCUAAUGCCACAGAAAGGGCUCUUUUAACUUAAGAAAAUAAAUGAAAAGUACUAAAAAAGAUUCAGGUAACUAUUAUUCAGCACUUUAUUGUUAUUCAGAAUAAAAUUAAUGAUGGCAUAUUUUGCCCUGCAAAUGUCUUAAUGAAAUUGUUCUGAAUAAAAAGCUCCUUAUUGAUGUGAAAAAAACUCCGUUUACCUGUGAGUUUAAUGAGCUGGAUCACUCACUUGGAUUUUUGUGUUGACUUUUUAUUUUGUGGGUUGAUGUAAUGCCAUUUAAGGGGUCAGCAUUGCCAACAGUCACAUUAGGUUUAUCUUUAUCUUUAUUUAAUUAAAGAUCUUGUAGCGAAGAACAGUUAAUAAACAGGUAAAAGAACUUUAACUUUUUGGUUAAAUAAUUGAAGUUUAAUUUUUUAAAAUAUAUCUUUACUCAUUUUACUAUGUUGUAAAUUUGUUUUCACCAUUGUAAAGGGUGAAUUGGAUAUAAAUGAGCAUUCUCCAACCUUUUGAUGAAGAGGCUUUACUAUCUCUCAUUUACUGUGGUCAAAUUUGAUGAAAUAUUUGAACUGCCACUUAUAUUAAGACUACUUUAAUUUAUGACUUAGAUACUCUAGAAAUACCAAGCAUCAAUAUUUUGACAUCAUAUGCCUCUAAUCUUGUGAUAUAAGAAUUAUAUAUGCAUGAGCUACUUUUUUAAAAAAGGAGAACUUUGCCAGUAUGGUAAAUCUGUAUUAGAUGACAAUUGGAUUUUUAAGUGAUUUAAUAUUUCCCCCGCCUUUAUGGGGGGGUGGGUGAGAGGGCUUAGUUGCUCUUGGAGUAAGACACGUCUCACACUGUUUUACAGGUGAACUUGAAUUGUGCCCAGUACAAAAGAAAGAUUUCUUGAAAUAUUUUUCUGCCACUAAAAAUAGAUAACUUACAACUAAUCCUCAGUCUUGAUAACUGAAAUGCCUUAUUUCAAUUAGGAUACAAUUUUCCCUUCUCUGUUUGCCACCCCCACAAAUGCCAUUAGGAGCUGUUGAAAAAAUCAGUUAGUUUAAUAACUCAAAAUUGUCUGUGAUUCUAUUUUAGGUAAAGUUGGCUUAUAAAUGUGACCUCAGACACUAUUAAGGCCUUCAUCAGAAAGUUUUCUCAAAAUUGUGAGACUGAAUAAAAUAAAAUCCUUAAAUUUGUGAUUUUUUUACAACUACAAAUAAAUACAUUUAUAGUUACUGAGGUAAUUGUACUAAUUUUGAGCCAAACUAAACUGUACAGUGUAGCAUGGUGGUGUUGGCUGUAGUUAAUGUGUAUGUUUUGAUUACAUUUCUACAAAAAUACCCUGUUGCAGCCUGCUGAGUUUAAGAUGUUCCAUUAUUUUGAUCAUUUCUGUGCAAAAAAGGUCAUUUAACUCAGAUUAGAGCCGACUUUAUAAAGACAAGUGGAUUGUAAAUGAAAAACUAGUCAUUUUUCUUAUCCAUAAAUCUGACAGACCCAGAUAAUUUGAUGCCCUUUAUGACUUGAAGCUAGUUGAUUGCUCACUUGUAAAGCAACUACUUUAAUGUACAAUAUUUUUCUACUGUGACUUGGGAAAAUUGUUUAGGUUAUAUUUUGAAAAGUAGCUCUUUAAAAUCAUAUUGCUCAGCAGAAACCUUAGGCUGAAUUUACAAGUAUCAUCAUCCUUGUAAUUAAUUUUCUCAGAAUCGUGGGAACUGGAUGAGAUAACAUAUUCUUACACACUGUAACAGCAGCAUUAUUGCUUGGAACUUUAACUGUUUUAGAGUUAGAUACUAAGGAAACUAAAACUAAUUGGAUGUCAUUCUUUUCUUUCUUCCCUGUUUUCUUUUUUUACCCUCAUGUAUCACUAAACAACUAGUUUCUCUCCUUUUGUCAGUUCCCAUAGUGUAUUUUUCAAAAGAAGUACUGUAUUCAGAUGCCAGCCAAUAAGUUGUCACACAGUGGAAAAUGAUAUGCCACAACAUUCAUUGUAAGGUUUAAUAAAAUUAAAUUUGCAUCAAA